GGUGCCGGCUGUGGGCUGGCUGGGUUUGGCUGGCUCGCGCCCGGAUUAGAAGCGCGCGGGGGGCAGUGGCGAGACGGGCUUUAGUGUGUGAGCGUGUGUUCGUGUUGACAUCAUCGCAUCACAUCGACGAGGAGUGGGCCGCGAAGGCAAGGCAAGGCAAGGGAAGGGAAGAGGACGGGACCAAGUGAAGGGAAGCGAGGUAAAGGAUCGGCUGCGCUUUGUCUUGUGUGGUGACAUUCAGGGCUCGCGAGGCCUUGCGAGGCGCGCAGGCAAAGCAAGGCAAGGCUCGAGGGUUGGGAGGAGGAGGGAAGCGGGGAGGCACUAGAGUCGAUCGAUUCGAAGUGGGACGCGGAGGGAGAAGUGAGCGCGAGGGACGAGUACGGACGUGUAGUGAGGGAGGAGGCAAGGAAGGAAGACGAGCUCGAGCUCCGGGCCAGACAGGCAGACUCUUCCUGUCGUCGACCUGACCGAUUCCUCGUUCGUCUCUUUGCUCGUGUCGGAGGUCCUUGAGACCUCUUCACUUCUCUUCUCCGUAUCGUCGUGCCUCGUUCGUUUCUGGGCUUUGGCUUUGAUCUUCUCGCGGAGCGAUCGGCAGGUAGGGAAAGUGGAGGGGAGGUUGAGAGUGAGUCCCGAGCGAGUGCGAGGGGAGUGAACAUUCCCAAAGAGAAAGAGCGGGCUCGAGCGCCUGGAGGCAAUGGAGGUCCUCGAAGCCACGGCAGGGACACCAUGGAUGGCAUGGGGAGCUGUGGGAUUGGCGGGGGUGGUGGCAAUCAUCGUGUAUUAUGCUGUUUUCUCGGUUCCAGCGGAACAGCAGGGGAAGCGAGCGGUGGAGCUCGGAGGGGGUUCUCUUGGCCGCGAACAAGUGGCAGACAACUACAAAGAGUACGCUAACUUUUUCGAGAAGCCCAAAGAGAUCGAGAAGACGGACAAUGUGCCUAAGCUUGUUGAUACAUUUUACAAUUUGGUGACGGAUAUUUACGAGUGGGGCUGGGGACAAAGCUUUCACUUCUCGCCUGAUGUUUCGGGCAAGUCCCAUCGUGAGGCGACUAGGUUGCACGAGGUGAAGGUGGCCGAGCUGCUGAAGCUGAAGCCCGACAUGAAGGUAUUGGAUGCGGGGUGCGGUGUCGGUGGUCCCAUGCGCGCAAUAGCAGCACAUUCCGGAUCUCACGUGGUAGGAAUAACGAUCAAUGACUAUCAGGUCGCUCGCGCCCGGAGCCAUAACAAGAAGGCUGGCCUAGAUCAGCAGUGCGAGGUAGUGUGCGGUGAUUUUUUACACAUGCCCUUCCCGGACAACAGCUUCGACGCCGCCUACUCCAUCGAAGCCACGUGCCACGCCCCAACGUUGAGCGAGGUAUACGCUGAGAUCUACCGCGUUUUGAAGCCGGGACAGCUUUACGUGACAUAUGAAUGGGUAACAACCCCGAAGUAUCGCGCCGACUGCAAAGAGCACGUGGAAAUCAUCCACGGGAUUGAGAUUGGCAAUGCGCUUCCGGGUCUUAGGAGUCAUACGCAGAUUGAGGACGUCGCGAAGGAAGUUGGAUUUGAGGUUCUGCAGAAUCUGGAUUUGGCCCUGCCACCUGCCUCUCCAUGGUGGAAACGUUUGAAAAUGGGGCGAAUAGCCUGGUACAGGAACCAUUUGGUCAUUGCCUUCCUAACAUUCUUAGGCAUUGCACCGCAAGGGGUUGUCGACGUUCACGAAAUGUUGUUCAAAACAGCCGCUUUCCUCACUCAAGGUGGUGAGACAGGUAUAUUCACUCCGAUGCAUCUUCUUCUUUUGAGGAAGCCUGCUGCCUCCGAGUGAUUUCCCGGGCUCCCAAUUAAAGAAAAGGUCAUUGCGAGCGAACAUCUUUAAAGCCGAUGGGUAGAGCUGCCUCUUUACUUGACGUGACGCCUUGAAAUCGAGGUUGUUGUCACUGUGAAGAUUCGUCUGCCUGCUCGCGUUAAUUGUAUCAGGGAGUAGGUUGCGAGUUGAGUGUCAUGACCCCCGACACUCGAAAACAGAGCUUGGCUUAUUUGGAAGCUCUUGCGCGUAGUUUUGAGCAGCAGUUUUUGAUAAGUGCAGUGCAUUUGAAAAUGCAAAGUUACUGAGGACAAUAGCCUCGUAGGACUCAUGGCACCAAAGUGACAUGCACUACAGAUUGAAGAGGACAUUACUCCUCGGUGUGUACUGUUUCUAUUUCAAAGUUUGAGUUUCGGAGCCU